GGGGACGUGUCGGGUAGAUGUCUCACUCAGUAUCCGUUUUGGCUCAAGCACGGUGUUCGUUACUGUUUGCUGGUUGCCUUUCGUUAUCCCUACCUUCUUGUGUUUGUGCAUCUUGUAUUUGUACGUCCCCACGUUCCUCAGCCAUGUGGCGCGCUGUGUUUGCCGCGUUGCUGUUGGGAGAACGUCUAGAGGUUUCACAAGCUCUGACAGCAAGGACGGACAGCCUCCUCCGCAGCAACAUGUUCUUAGACUUGGACCAUGCUGAGCGGUUCGAGUCACGUUUGUCCAUGGAAUUAGGUGGUACUUCGGAGCUGGAAAGUCAAGACAUGCUGGGCACGACUCUGUCCCCCGAAGACCGCGUCAGGGCCCAUAGUCGAAAGUUCGAGGCGGAGUUCGUCGUGGAGUUGAACAUGACCGAAGCGCACGAGCGUGGCGCCAAGUUGGGGAUCAUCAUCAACAGGAACGCCGACUUCGAGGCUGCAACGAUAUACAAAGUGCAGAAAGUUGGCCUGAUUGAGGAGUGGAACAGAGCCCACCCAGGAAAGGACGUGCACGUCGGCGACGAGCUUGUCCAAGUCAACGACAUCCAGUGGCACGCAAACACGGAGACGUUCAUGAACCGCAUUAAGGGCCAAUUUAUUGCCGGCCGCAAGCAAGUGGCUGGGGCGAGUGACAUAUUGAGGCUCUACAUCCAAAGGCCAAGGGUUUGGAAGCAUAAGCGUUUCGCGCUGCAGCGUGAGGACAUGCACGAUAAGAAAUACGCAGCGGAUUUUGUCGCUGAGAUCCCCAUGGAUGGAAUCGUGGACGACAUGAAAUACGCAGCGGAGAUCGUCGGAAACACCACUCUCACGUCCAUGGACGAACUAAUGGGUUGGACGCUGGGCUUCAAGAGGCACGGCGACUGGCAGCCAGCAACGAUCCGCAAGAUUGAGCGCCAUGGCGCCCUGGCCAAGUGGAACAAGAAGAACGCGGACAAGCUGAUUCUGGAAGGGGACGAGAUCCUCAAGGUCGACAAGGUCCUCUGGCAGCACAACUCUACGACCUUCAUGAAGAAUCUUAAGCGCCAUUUCAAGGCUACCCUGGAGGCGAAUUCGAGCGACCCGUCUUGGUCGGUGGUACUUGCUGUUCGAAGGCCGCGGCCCGUCCAGAAUGCUUUCGACGAAACACAUCCUGUGCAGGAGAUCGUGUCGUGGAGCAGGACGAACAACAGUGUCGCGCUCCGUUUCAAUAAGUCAGGUGAGACCAAUCUUCUUGGCUGGAAGCUCUCCCCUGGUGCCAAGUCCGCCACUGGUGUCGACGGGCCUGUUCUUGUCGAGAAGGUCCGGGGGACGGGCCUGGUGGCCGAAUGGAACGCCGAGAACCCAGACAAGGCGAUCAACUCCAGCGACCAGAUCGUCACGCUAAACGGCGUGGCGUGGGACAAGUACGCCAGCGCUCAGGAGUUCUACGACGCUGUUCAGACCGCGCUCACCGCUGCCAUCCACGCGGGACCUGCGGGCGACGCUGUCCAGCUCACCCUGGAGAGGCCUGUUCGAAGUGUGCAGCACUACCGCCAGAACAUGGAGCAUGGGGUUCACACGGUGUAUCACGUGCACGCCACGACCACACCUGCUCCUGAGGUCGGAACCGACACAGCAGACCAGCAGGUGCAUGCUAAGGACGACUCGGCUGAUGUCACCGGCGCCACCGAUGAUGAGAAGCCAGUCGGUGCCGAGGAGGACUCGGACGGCGUCAUCGGUGCCACCGAAGACGAUGAUAAAGCUGUCGGUGCCGAGGAUGACUCUGACGGUGUCAUCGGUGCCUCUGAAGAUGAUGAUAAGGCGGCCGGAGCCCAGGAGGACUCGGGCGGUGCCACCAGUGCCUCCGAAGAUGAUCCUUAGGCAGGCCUCUUGAGCCGUCCUGUGCGAUUCCAAGACACGCAAAAUCUAGCAUGUCUAGAAAGGCGAGCGCGUUCGUAUCCGCCACUGAGCUUGCAACGGUUGGGGCGGAUUGGAGACAAAACGAGGGAAUACGAGAACGACACGAACACGACAUGCACUCUUUCGGCCGAGCCCUGCUGGCCGACACCGCGUCUUACCCUGC